UGCAGGUUGGUGUCUUUCUGUUUUGUUUUUAGCUGUGGAGACGCAGCUGCUGUUGUUAAGCAGCUCUGUUGGCUGAGGGACGAGUGGAUACAGCGCUGCAUGCUGCAGAUCGCAGGAUGGACUCCAGCGGGAAACCCUCCACUGCACAGAUCGUGGUUUUAGCCACCAGCUCGGCCUUGACUGCAGUCUUCUAUUCAAUAUACAGGAGCAAAGCUACAACAGUCGCCAGAUUAAAGGAAGCCAAGAAAGUAUCCAUUGACCAGGAUUUGAAAAACAUUCUGUCUGAAACUCCUGGAAGAUGUGUCCCAUACGCUGUCAUAGAAGGUGUUGUGAGAACUGUGAAGGAGACUCUGAACAGCCAGUUUGUAGAUAAUUGCAAAGGUGUCAUUGAAAGACUGACCCUGAAGGAGGAAAAGAUGGUGUGGAAUCGCACCACUCACCUCUGGAACAACACAGAGAAAGUCAUCCACCAGCGCACAAACACAGUCCCAUUUGCUCUCGGCUCUCAUGACGAAGACAUCGCCGCCACGAUACGAAUCGUACGUCCACUAGACGCUGCAGAGUUGGACCUGGAGACCACCUACGAGAACUUCCACCCCACAGUCCAGUCCCUGUCCAAUGUUAUCGGCCACUUCAUCAGCGGCGAACGACCCAAGGGCAUCCACGAAACUGAGGAGAUGCUCCGGGUGGGAGACAGCGUCACAGGAAUAGGAGAGCUGGUCCUGGACAACAAUCUGAUCAAGCUCCAACCUCCAAAACAGGGCUUUCGAUAUUUCCUCUCCCGUCUGGACUACGAUUCUCUUCUGAGGAAGCAAGGGAACGGCGUCAGACUGUGGAGGAUCCUGACCGUCGUCUUUGGUGUUGCAGCCUGCUCCACGCUCUUCUUCAUCCUGUGGAAGCGAUACGUGCACCACAAGCAGAGCAAGAAGGAGAGGACCAUGCUCGAGGAGUUCAAGGAGCAUCAGAGGAAGCGUAUGCGUGAUCUCAACAUCGAGGAAGGCAGCGUGUCACCCACCAGCUGUACUGUUUGCCUGAGCCGGGAACGGUCCUGCGUGUUUCUCGAAUGUGGUCACGUGUGUGCCUGCGCCCAGUGCUACGAGGCCCUGCCAGUGCCAAAGAAAUGCCCCAUCUGCAGGGCAGUUAUAGACAGGGUAGUGGCUCUCUACAACAGCUAAUGUGGGACACUCAGUGAUAAAAAUGCUUCCUCAUCAAAAGACUUUCUCGAUCACGGUAGCCUCAGAAAUAUAUCAUUCAAAUCUGUUCCGUCAGGCUUGAAAAGGGUAUUGUCUGUACUUUUUGUACUUUGGUCUUUUUUUUGUUUUUGUUU